AUGCCGUCGGUAAGGAAGCAGACAGUGGCAUCGAAUUCAUCCUUGUCAUCAAUUUUCAAAAUUGAUUCUUCAAAUCAAGAAAAUGCAUUGGUCGCAUCAAGCGAUCAAUCAAAGUCGCAAGAAGAGGAGACAAAACAGGAAGAAGAAAAAACAGAUCAAUCAAGUUCGCCUGCAGACUCGCAAGAAUUAGAUAUAUCCAGUGAUUUGUCUAAUCCCUUAGGAGCCCCCUAUGCCAAAGAUUAUCGUAUUACGGAUAAGAAUCCGAAAAUAAUUGAUCAAAAUUUCGCAGCUUUCGAAAGCGCUCUAACAAAAGUCUGCAUCUAUGACCUAGAUAACCUAUCCAAUAAGGAUGCAUUGCCAUCUACAAGCAAAGCUGGCGCUGAAGAGGCACCGGGACCACUAAGCGAGCUAAAUAAGUAUAUAAGUAAUAAAUCUAAAGUACGUAAAGAAGAGGGUAUACGAGGCUAUGUCGUGGGAUUUCUUCAGUUUUUUGAUUGUCAUUGGAACCUUUUAUUAACUGACGUUGAAGAGUGCUAUAAGCAUCGAAAAUUCAAGUAUGCCGAUCAAAAACUGCCACUGCUGAAGGCUCCGGAAGAUUGCAGCCGCCGCUUACGUGAACUGGGCCUAACGUUGCCUUUGCAGAACGCGAAAAGUUUGAAUCGAAAAACUAUUGAAAUUGAAAGACAUAUACCACAAUUAUUGGUUCGAGGCGAACAUGUAGUUUUGGUGCAACUUGAUAAUGAGCAACCACAAUAA